UCACAAUGAGGAAAUAUGCGACCUCACUGACGUCACCAGUCCGCUUCGCAACCUUUGAGCUUGCUUUGACGAGUUGGAAAGGCUCAAUAUUCCCACAAACGGCACAAACAGCACACCAUGAUGCCCUCCAACAACACUAUAUGGCCGUUCAUUUCGCUGUUGGGAUGGCUGUUGCGGUCUCCUGUUCUGGCAUUUGCUCCUCAUCAUCCAGUGGUAUCAGAAAGAUGCCAAGCUCUGUCCAUGGUGCGCAACAUUGAUUUUCCCGAAGCUCUCAUCUUUUACGACAAUCCCGCCAUGGAAGAACCCUCCAUUUUGCUGGAGGACGAUGGAGUGACUCCCAAAAGUGGCCUGCUGGAUAUCCUGCAAGAAUGUCGCGAUGUGGGCACUCCGGCACUACUGAUUGCGUCCGAGGAGCGAUUGGCUGGUGUCGAUUACCCUCCAGAUCAAGUCAAAGAGUACUUGCGCGUCCAUCCGGCAUCUUCUGCUUCGGCACCACAGUCUCUGUGGGAAUCCACCCACGCCAUUACCGUUCAACCGGAAGGAUUUGGUGGUUCGUCUGGCUUUGGUAGAAAAAUGGCCGACCCAGAGCGAUCCCCGCUGCCCAAGCACGUGGUUGUCUUUUGUGGCGACUUGGACGUUUGUCGGGCGGCUCGGGCUGUGGGAAUGCGAGUUUUAUGUUUGCAGGACAACGAUUUUGCCGAUGCCAUCAUUGACGAUUACUACAAUCUGUAUUUGGAAGAUGUCGCUACUCCAGGAUCGUUCUGGCUGAAUCCGCCGUAUCCUCGCGACGAUGAAGGAAACAAAGUGGAUGUCUACGAUUUGGUGGAGGGAGGAACUGAUGAAGAAGAAGAAGAUAACUUGGCGGAAGAUGCCGAAGAAACAGUCGACAAUGACGACGAUGACUUGUCUGCGAGUGAUCUACAGGCAAUCUUGGAUGAUAUGGACUCUCUUUAAUAAGAUGGUGUCUGCUCAGCAUUUUCUCUUCUUACGUCGACCAACAAUUGCUAUACGCAAGCUUCCCAACGUGACGCCGACAAUCCGUGCCGCUACAAGAAAUGGUUCUCAAUGGUUGUGGAAACUGCGGCACGUACAGUUGAAGCACGGUGAACUGCGUCUGGGAGUGUUGCUUGGGCUGCGGCAGACUGGAUACUGGCAUUGCUGUCAGCCAUGAUGAGAUCCGGAAAGUGAAGCAGCUUGUUGAGUUUGGGGAUCUUUCUCAAUGUUCUCAAAGUGUUUCCUCGGAGUUCGUUUGGUUCUGUUGGGCCGGUCCACUUGCAAUCCGCCAGCCGGGGCAGCAGGGGGCUGCUCUUGCACCUGAUAUCGAGCAUCUUGGCCUUAGCGCUACCGCAAGACUAUGAUAACGACUUGAUCUGCAAGGAGGAAAUAAAUGGCAGCUACGCCAGCAACAUUUUGACCUCCAAGAAGCAGCAGGAAAAUCGUCGUUGGAAGAGGCAGACGCCAAGGCAGCAACCGAGGCAUUGAUCAUGUCAUCUUUUGCAAUCUUUCGUCGGGUUUGUUUCAAGCCUCCCUUAUCUUUGCCCCAUUAUCUUUGCGCUUGUGCUUUGUAGUUGAAGCAACGAGAUCCCAAGGUUCGCUGCGAUGGUACAUGUAGUAAUGCGAUUUAGUUUCAACUUCGUCGUACAUGCGUAGAUCAUUAAAAAGCUG